GGGGACAUUGCGCAAGUGGUUGAAGGGAUAAUUAUUAUACGACUGAAACGACGGAUCGAUACGAAUUGAAAGACAAAUAUUUGGGAUUUAACUAUAUUCCCGAACCUCACCACACCGUCAACCACGCCGUCGCGCACGGCAUAAGCGCAACCAUGCUCGACACCCCAGACACUGCCCACGUCCCGUUUACACACAUCUACGAACCAGCAGAGGACUCCUACCUCCUCCUCGACACGUUCUCCUCUCCCUCCCUCACUUCGCUCUUUCGGUCUCUCUUCCCCAUCUCCCCCUCCACCUCGCCCUCACCCCUCAUCCUCGAAAUCGGCACCGGCUCCGGCGUCGUCCUCGCCUUCCUCACCGCACACGCCGAGACUAUCUUCGGGCGCCCAGAUGUCCUAGCAUGGGGCGUGGAUAUAAAUGAACACGCCUGUCGGGCGACGGGGGAGACUGUUGCUGUUGCGCUUCGUGAGGCGGGACAAGAAACCGGGGGGACGUACAUCGGAAACAGCGUCGGGGACUUGACCAGCGCAGUGAAGUCAGGAUCAAUAGACGUCCUAGUCUUCAACCCCCCCUACGUCCCCACCCCCGACGUACCCGCCUUACAAGACGGAGAUGGGGAUAAAGAGGCCCCGAGCGACAGGGAGGCCGCGUAUGAGCGGGAGAGUCGUCUACUGGCGCUCAGUUACGCGGGGGGGAAGGAUGGGAUGGAAGUCACGGACCGGUUGUUGGCGGAGAUACCGAGGGUGUUGAGUCAGAGGGGGAGUGCGUUUGUGUUGUUGUGUGCGCAGAAUAAGCCAGAAGAUGUGAUGAAGGGGGCGAGGGGGUGGGAAGGAGGGGGGAGGUGGGAGGCGGAGGUGGUAGGGAGCAGCGGGAAGAAGGGGGGGUGGGAGAAGUUGGUUGUGGUUAGGAUAUGGAGGGUUAGCGGGGGUGAAUAG